AUUGUCAAGCAGAUAAAGGGCUACUGCAGUCUUUUUUAAUAAUUAAAAGUUUAUUGUGAGUUAAGACCUCAAGAUGUCAUCCAAGCACGUGGAGGACAACCAUAAGGAAUGGCUGGACAAGAUCCUCUCGCAGAGCGGUCUGGUCUGCACCAGGUCCUCAUCACACUCUGCUUUGGUUUCGGCUGAGACUCUUGUACACGAAGAACAAGCUUACCCUGAAGAAGAAGAAGAAAGUAGCAAAGAAGCCACAUCAAUCGAAGAAUCACCAAAAGAUGUCGUUGAAGAAUCCAUAGAAGAGGAAAGCGCUACCUUCCCCUCUCCUUCUCUCCGCCGCCUUCUGCCUGAUAAAAUACGAAAAAUUGAGGAACAUAACAGAAUUCACGUUUUGCCGAAAGAGUUUAAGACUAACAUAGAUCCGGCGUUAAUACCUAAGAUUGUCCCACAAGUGAAGUAUAUAGAUAUAAUAGCAAGUCUGGUGGGUUGCACGGAGUAUAAGAGUAGUUUGGCCGAGUUCUGGUUUCUGGACACGUUGGCCAACCUGUUGAGGAGGGCGCAGGAGGAUCUGCUUCCUAGAACCACUCAGGCGGUCCUGAUGCUGUGGUUCUGUGAGUGGAUGAAAGAGAUUCAGAACUUCGACGCGGCGAACCGGAAACGUAUGCUGAGACGAUUCAAGGACAACAUGCUGUCAGCAGCCCGUUUUAUCGCCGAAGUCCCCCGCCUGCCCACCCCCUCGGAGGCCGGGGUCUACUAUAAAGCCCUAGAGGUAGACAAAGAGAGAAACUCUAAGGAUACACGCGCGAAGAAGGCGCUAGAUGUUGAGGAGGAUAUGCAUGUGGUGACGUUUGAGGAGUGCGCGUAUGAGUGCGCCAUGAGGGAUCUGGUUACGAUCAUGCAUUAUAUCUUUGAUUUAUUCAGUACCGACUACCAGUUCGACCUAGUCCGUUCCAUCUUCACCUUCACCCCCGAAUACAAUCUCAUCGACGUUCCCCACCAUCUGAACACCCCGAAGCGGCUGUUCGUGCCCUUGAAACCCAAGAAGGAGAAGCCUGCUAAGAAAGAGAAAGAGGCUAAGAAAGACAAGGGGAAGAAGAAGGAGGGCGUCGUGGAAACGCAGGAGUAUUUGGCGUUUAUGGAGCUAAAAGCUCAGAUCGAGCGCGAGGCGGAAGACCAAGAGACCAAGGAUGCAGAAUCCUGGAACAAGCGGAACAGCAUCCUGCCGCUAACCUUCGCGGGCACCGACGAGCUGUUCGACAAGUACUGGGCGCCGCCGCCGCCGGAGCCCGAGCCGGAGCCCGAGACUAUUAAGCCAGAAAAAGGGAAAAAGAAAAAAUAGGGCUUCAUUCACCUGCUACUGCUUUAAUUACUAAUAAUAUAUCUGGGGGCACGGUAGUGCCCCCGCCAAGACGAGCAAAGCGAAGCGCAGGGCACUACCUACCUUUUCUCGAAGGGCUUCGUCGUUUUUUUGAACCCUCAUAAGUGUUCUUACUUCACCUGUUGCUUGUUCUUCACACUUCUCGGUUCGAAGGACCAAAAACUGUCUUUUCAUUUCUCAUGCUCUGAAAGAGGAUCAUUGUUGUUCUAAAAGGUGUGCAGAAAAUGAUACGUUUCUGCACUAGAGGAUUUUAAGUUCCGAGUACGAUUUUUUUUUUUACGAUAAGCAAUUGAAAUUGGGGUAUAAAUGGAUUUGUUAUACAAUUUCCAUUCUGAUAUUUGACUCCCCAUUCCAUAAAUACCGAUACUUUUGCCUAAAUUGUUAAUUGAAAGUACCCUCAAAAAAUACUAUAAAAAUGUAUACUUAGUCAUGUUUUUUUUUUAAAUCACUAUGCAUUUUACUUUUCUCGUAUUCGAAAUGAAAAGUAGUGUUGAACUCGGGUGAAAGGCAUCAUUUCAGCCUCGGAUAAUUGGUGCUCUCACUGCGUUCGAGCGCUAAACUACCUCAGCAGAAAUGAGUGCCUUUCAUCCCUUGGUUAACAAUCUACUAUUUCACCACACCAACUGAUAAAGGCUCUCUUGACUGUUCAAAAACUAAUAGCAAAGUUGCAUUUUAUUCACAUGUGAGGAAAAGUAUUAAAAUGCAAAUUUUCAGUUGUUUCCUUAUGUUGGCUUUUAGAAUUGACAUUUAAAUUAUGAUUUAAAAAGAUAAAUAUUUAAUAACAUUCAUUUUGAAUUGAUUUUGUUUGAUAUUUUACAGUUAGUAUUUUCCUUGUGUUGGUGUGGUGAAAAAUGUUGUGUUUCACG